AUGGGGAUUUGCUUUAGCAUUGAAGACCAGAACAACUUCUCCGUCCCCGAUUCCGAACCCAAGCCUAACGCCAAGUCUCCAGGUCAUGAAUCUGGCGCUCCAAUUGCUUCUAUAAACAUCAAAGAUCUCCGCGAAGGUGCUGGAUACAGCAAUGUGGACAGUUUCACGUACGAGGAACUGAGGCUAGCCACGAAGCAUUUUCGUCCCGAUUUCAUCUUGGGAGAAGGAGGCUUCGGAGUUGUAUAUAAAGGCGUUAUAGACCACAGUGUGAGGUCGGGUUACAAGGCUACCGAGGUCGCCAUUAAGGAACUUAAUCGCGAAGGAUUUCAAGGAGACAGGGAAUGGCUCGCGGAAGUUAACUAUUUAGGUCAAUUCAGUCACCCUAAUCUGGUGAAGCUCAUUGGAUAUUGCUGUGAGGAUGAACAUCGGUUAUUGGUCUAUGAAUACAUGGCAAGCGGGAGCUUGGAGAAACACCUAUUCCGCAGAGUGGGCUCAACAUUGACUUGGUCAAAAAGAAUGAAGAUUGCUUUACAUGCUGCGAGGGGGCUUGCUUUUCUUCAUGGUGCAGAAAGACCUAUUAUAUAUCGUGAUUUCAAGACUUCAAAUAUCUUGCUAGAUGCGGAUUUCAAUGCGAAGCUUUCAGACUUUGGCCUUGCAAAGGAUGGCCCGAUGGGGGACCAAACCCAUGUUUCAACACGAGUAAUGGGCACGUAUGGAUAUGCUGCUCCCGAGUAUGUCAUGACAGGGCAUUUGACAGCUCGAAGUGAUGUCUAUGGUUUUGGGGUGGUACUACUUGAAAUGCUUAUUGGUAGAAGGGCAUUAGACAAGAGCAGGCCCAGCCGUGAACACAACUUGGUCGAGUGGGCCCGCCCGCUACUGAAUCAUAAUAAGAAACUUUUAAAAAUUUUGGACCCAAAACUAGAGGGACAAUAUUCAAGUAAAACUGCACUGAAGGUGGCCCAUUUAGCAUACCAAUGUCUUAGCCAAAACCCGAAAGGAAGACCGCUAAUGAGCCAGGUUGUUGAAAUGCUCGAAAACUUUCAGUCAAAGGGGGAAAAUGAGGAAGAUCAAAUGCUUCAAACGGGUGGCAGCAGUAUAACCCUUUAUGAGGUUCCCAAGGGCAGCAAUGUCACUCCAACUUAA